AUGGCUUUGGGGCGAGGGCGGGCGAGCUCACACUGCUCCGGUUUCUCUCCCGGUGCCCUCUCCCUCUAUCUGCGUGUCGAGGUCCCAGCUGCAAUCAUGGCGGACGAGGCUUUGACGAGCGAGCAAGUGGCGGAGAUGCGCAAGAAGCGCACCUUCAGGAAGUUUACCUUCCGAGGGGUGGACCUCGACAAGCUCCUCGACCUCUCCAUGGAGGAGUUCAUGGAGCUCGUGCACGCGCGCGCGAGGCGCAGGAUGUCCCGCGGGCUCAAGCGCAAGCCCAUGGCCCUCAUCAAGCGCCUGAGGAAGGCUAAGAAGAACGCUGCUCCCGGGGAGAAGCCCAGGGGUAUCAAGACCCACCUGCGGAACAUGCUCAUCGUGCCUGAGAUGAUCGGCUCCAUCGUCGGUAUCUACAACGGAAAGUCGAUGAACGGCGUGGAGAUCAAGCCCGAGAUGGUCGGCCACUACCUCGGCGAGUUCUCCAUCACCUACAAGCCCGUGCGCCACGGAAGGCCCGGGAUCGGUUCCACCAACUCGUCCCGUUUCAUCCCGCUCAACUAAACCAGCGGCAGCAUGUCGUAAACGGCAUGGACAAGGGGCGAUGUGGCCUGCCUACAACGAACCGCGGAAGCCUAGUGAAGCUUGAAAGCGUGUGCUCUGUCGUGCAAGCGUAGAGCAGCUUUGUGUUGUGACUACCGUGCCUCGUGACUUGGCCUACCCUACUUGUAGUGUUGUUCGUACGGGAGGGAGCAUCACGUCAUUGAUGGCGUGACUUGAGAGAGUGUCGUCAAUUUUCUUGACUACCAAAAAAAAAAUGCAAACACAAAAAAUAUUGCGGUUGCGCUUGGCUCGCGAAGUCGGGGACUGCGGUCCGACAGUCGAAGAACGGUUUCUUCCCGGUUGGCACUCGCUCGUUUGUAGCGCGAGAAAAGCGUCAUGUACAGGAUUCGUUCACCCCUCGCUACUGAGCUUGUUUGGUUCUUGGCCUCGGCAAUCCCAACAACGGGCAUAUUGUGCCACAGGUCAAGUUAAGGAGAUGGCUAAGCUCCGUCGCCCCCGACGAGCCCUUGGCAUCUCUUCCUUCCCCACAAUACUCGGCAAAAGAAAACGAUGCACAUUGCAACUGACGAAAAGGAGUGCACUCUGCAGGUCCGUGCUCAG